CGUGCUGGUUAUACUGAUGAUGUACGCAUCACUGCAUAAAUAUUGAAUAAAAACAAUUUAUCAGUAAGUAAAGCUACAAAUCCAAAUAAUACGAAAUAAUACAUAAAUAUAUAAAUAAACAAUACUACAGAGAACAAAAAAUUUAACUUGACAAGCGGAUUAAGUUCACAAAGAUAAGGCACACAAGUAUUCAAAUAUCAAGGAUACAUUACAGGAUAAAAAUGAUAAAUGAUUUUUUGUUUUGGCAACUGUUCAAUUGAAAUCCUUGCAGCAAUAAGAGACUGGGAAUGAAAAACCAAAAUAAAAGGAACUUAAUUUUAAAAUAUGCAGAAACAAGAAAAAAGACGCGAAUUGCGUCUAAAAAGAUUUUGGCGUUCGCCGAAAACCACAUCAUCCGAGGACUCCACAGGAUACGAGAGCCCAACACGCACCAAACCAACAAAUGAUGCACAGCGCUUCAAUCAUUUGCAUUACCACAGUUUGGCGCAGAGUGCACCUUCCGAUCACACAAGCAACAAGCCAACAUGUUCAUUGCCAUUGCUGCAAGUCUGGCCCAGUCAGCCGAUUUUGCGACAGGAGGGCUUUGUUCAAUUGCGUCGAAACAGCGGCCCCGAAGGCCAACGGGAUUCCCCCCGGGGCGAAGCCGAUGGUCAGUCAUUCAUUUUCCCUGCCAUUAAUGAAACAAGCACAAGUAGUAGUAGCGGUGGUGGGGGCAGCAGCACAGGUGAUAGCGCAGGUGGUAGUAGUACUGCAACAAGUGCCACAACAACCACAAGCAGUUCUGGUGCCACAGGCAACAAUAGUAACAAUGCACUGAAUAGCAAUAAUAGAAACAAAAGCCUAGGUAACCAUCUAACACUAAACACAGGUGAACGUCGUAAUUCACUCUACUGUGAUACACUACAUGCAGGUGACUCAGGUAUUGAUUCAGUGCAAGCCUCGCCAUCGCCAAAUGCACUACCUCCACCUCCAGGUACUUCGCUACUUAUUGGUAACAUAACAGGUGGCUCUUGCAAUGUAUCGCCUGCCACCACUCCAACGCAUGGUUCACCAAAUCUCUCCUUGGGUUGUGGACGUAUGGGUGCACGGGCCAGCAUAAGUGUAGGCGCUCCAAAUUACCGAAGAAAAUCAAGCGCUUUACUGCAUCCAGAUCAUGCACGUCUAUUUGCGCUACGCAUGAAACAUGCAGCAGCAUUGGAACGUGCACAAACUUCACCAGAUCAAACAUCCAUUGAAGAUACGACUGAAUUCCAUGACAAUGGCCUCGCUACAAAUUUACGUUUAUGUUCGGCAUCAUCAUCGACAACAUCGUCACUAACAUCGGUCGCCGCGGUUAGUCUUGGCGGCGGUAUCGGUGUUGCGUGUUCUUCUUCAUCCUCUGCUGCCGCAGCAGCUGCACUGGCUGCUGCUGCCGGAGCGGGGACACAGCAACGCGUCUCCGAUCCAUGGUUGUUGCCUCAAUCUGAUCGAGAGCAAGACUCCAGACAUCAUGGGCGACGCCGUUCCUCAACAGCAACGGCACGUUUGUCGCUCUUCGAUGCAUUGGAUUUGGAGUAUGCGCUACUGCGUGCAGCGGCGCGUGGUUCUGUUGGACCAUAUUCGUUAAGUGAAUCCAUACAUAAACUAACAUUUACACAAUCAUUAGCGUUUCCGGCACUCGCGCGUGGUCUGGCCACAAAACGUAGACGUUCCGCUACUUAUACGAGUUCGCGGCCGCUCAAUCCAAAUGAAUCCGGUUUGAAUACCUGCGCUAAAGUCAUCACCGCCGUCAUUUUAGUUGGUAUAUCCUUUAUGGUAUUUUUUGUGGUAUACAAAUUUGUGCGGACGUGAGGUUUACUCCUGGCUCCGACAGAUUUUCCCGUCACAUAUCAAAAUGCAUAUCCACUCACAACGGGAAACGCUAAUGCCACUAAGCAACUGUCGGGGCUCAGGAGAGUCUUGGGUCUUAAAGAACGAAAUUAAAAACAAAAAAUAAUUAAAUAAAAAUCAAAGUGAAAAAAGAAAUCGGAAGUAGGUGCAAUAAAGAAAAUGCACAGAGAAGCGCAAAAUGUGAGAAUUGUGAUAAAAAAAAAAAU